GCGCGUCCUCUGUGGAGUUAGCAGUGGAACCUGGCGUUCUGCAGUUGUGGGCAAGGAUAAAAAAUGUCAAUACUUACUUCUCCAAGAGGAAAGGUAGAAGUGGUUCAUUGCCGAAGAACAGAAUCACAGGAUAUUUUUUGUAUUGAAAGCCUCAUUAGAAAAUUUACCCAGAAGCUUUUUGGGAGACUUAAUGUCAUCUAUCUUCUGGAAAAGGCAAACCUUGCUGUGACCCUCCAUAAUGACAGGGAGGAGAUCAUGGCCCAGGCCACCUUCAUGGACUAUCCCAACUGGAAUGUUGCCAAGCAGGACACUUGGGUGUCUCUGAUGCAAGAGCUUGACAGUGAAAUCCCAUGCACACCUCUGAACACAUUGUUCAUGCAUCUUUUUGUUGCUGUAGAUGAGUAUUCUGUUGGCUGCUGCAAAGAGAUCAUUCGGACUGUGUUUCGGGCAGUGCCAGAAUUGCACUUCAUCUUUCUCAUAGUGCCAUCCUACAUGAGCUUAGGCUCAACUCUCAUCACUGUGUUUGAUCAAGUGGGGACUGUUCCGAGCCUGAAAUAUGAUGAGGACUUUGCUGUGCAUAUAUGUCACAGGCACAGUCAUUACCCUCAGCUGCACAUUCGAAAAGCUAGAGUCGAAGACCAUGAUGAUCUCAUGCCAAUAUUUAUGCACCAUGACACAAUUCUGAAGGCGACUUAUGGUGAAUACUUCCUGGCUGAACUAAUAGAAGCCCAAGAUGAAGAGAAUCAUGCUGUCGUGUGUGAGGUGGAAGGUAUAGCUGUUGGGUUCAUGAGUGUGUGCUCAAGAGUAAACAUGAAGCUCAUACAUGAGUGUUUUGACCUGGGCCCCUUCCAUGGAUUCUGCAUCCCACACCCUGAUGACAUUCUGGAACCACCAGAAGAACUAAGCAGUCAAGGAAGUCAAGAUACUGAACUCAGGAGUAACAGCCAGGAUUCCCAGGAAACAGUGGAGAAGUCUGUCUCUCCAAAAGCUGUGACAAGCACUCAGGGGGAAAUUACAGAAGCUGCAUUUGAGGAACUUGUAUCACCUGAUCAAGUUGGAAAUACUGGUGAAAUGGAGGUUGUAGAAAAACUCAGUCAUGUUUCAUCUGUGGAUGAUGCAGGCCAUAUCAAGAGCAUAAGCUUGGCAUCCAUCUUGCUGCCUAAGGAGACCAGCUACUUCCGCCCCAUCUAUAAGGGAGAUGCCACUGCUUUUUGUAUUCAGCUAUUUUGUAUUGAUGAGAGACAUGAAGCAAGGUCACUGGACUUCAUGAAUUUUGUUUUCAGUCUUUUUCCUGAGAAGGACUUCUGCAUCAUUUCUCUGCCCCAUCUGACACCUGAGUUUGUCCUCAUCCAGAACUUUGUGAAGCUGGUCCCCUUCAACAACUGCACCCUUGAGCAUGAUCUCUAUGUCUUCCAUCGGGCUGGAUUGCUCAAGUCCAUUGACAUUAGACUAGCUAAUCUCUCAGAUACACCUGGUGUUGAAAAGCUUGUCAGCACCCUCUUGCUGAAUAAAAGUAUAUUGGAAGAUUUAAAGCAAUACAACGAGGCACGAAGAGACCCUGAUGGAACACCACUGCAGGCAUAUGUAGCUGAAGUUGCAGGACAAAUAGUUGGCAUUGCAGUGAUCAGAGAUGAAAUGGAUAUCGAGUACAUUCGAUCCCAUUACAAUAUUGAGGAUUUCAUCUACUUCAGUCAUCAUCAACGCGAAGAACAUGGACACCUGUAUCACUUUGCCCUGAACCCUAUUUUUCGGCACUACACAAAGUUUUUUCUGAAGGAGAUCCUCCGUUUAGGCUAUAAAUCCUGUCUCUACUACCCAGUUUAUCCCAAAUCUAGGAAAGGCAAGUUCCAGAGCUCCUACGCCCACUCCCUGACAUCCGCCCUUCAUUACUUGGUUCCCGUGCGACCACGACGACAGAUUGUCUAUCCUCUGGAAAAACUUGGCAUCAACGCUCCAUCAAAGGAGGUCUCCAAGGAUCCGUUGAGUUAUGCCUUGAACCAUACAAACAGAAAACUAACAUUGGAACCUAAAAUAACUGUCAAUGCCAAGAUUGUUGUGGUUGGUGCAUCCAAUGUUGGAAUUUCCUUCCUCGAGACAUUGGUAUUUUGCUCACACUUGAAGUUUAGUAAUCUUACUCUGAUUUCAACACAUGGACUCCCAGGGAAAAAACUUCUGGACUCUGAACAAAGGAAGUUUUUAGCAACUGACCACUGUUUUAAUGAUAAAGAUUAUGCAUUGAUGUCGUUGUGCUCCUGGGUUAAUGUGGUCGUUGGGCGAAUGACAGCCAUAGAUCGAGUGGCCAAGCACGUCGUGGUUUCCAAUGAAGAGAUUGUGCUGUAUGACCACCUCAUCCUCUGCACUGGACUGCAGUACCAGGUCCCAUGUCCCACAGGGGCUGAUAUUAAUCAGCACCUGACAAACAGGGAGAUUCCAAGUGACUGGAAGAAGAGAUACUCUGACCAAGUUCCUCGCAAUCAUUUCACUCUCAAUGAUGAAGAAGAUUGCUUUGAGGCACUGACUUGGAUAAGGAACAACUCCAUCAUCACAGAAGGGUAUGUCAUUGUCUACGGUAAUACAAUCGACGCUUACACCACGGUGGAGACACUUUUACACAUGGGCGUGAAAGGCUCCUGCAUCUACAUGGUGCAGACUCCAGCCACCUCCACCAUCACCUGCAUCAACAACUACUCCGUGGAAAACGCAGUGGAGGGAGCGCUCAGAGUUGCGGGAGUCACCAUCUACCAUGAUGCUCUCCUGGCUCAGUGGAAUGAGGGCCAGAACCCAGACCCCAUUCACUGUGCAUGCUUCACUACACCCACCAAGCCUUUUAGACUUCCUUGCUCUAUAUUCUUCAGCUUCUGUGAAAAGAAUGUGGACUAUGAAACUUUUAAAGCACUCAAUGAUGCAUGCCUUGUCUAUGAUGGCCGCCUGGUGAUUGAUACUAAUUUCCACACCAAUGACAUAGCUAUCAGAGCUGCAGGCACCCUCACAAAAUUCUCCAAUCGAUAUUACUCAAAUGACUGGACUCACAGCAACUUCAGUUCCAAAGAGAUUGGCUUCCAGCUAGCAGCAGCCAUGCUUAACCUCUUUGAUCCAACCCUUGAGCCUAUAAUGGAACCACCCUCUGAUCUUGAUCGACUCAUCCCCAUGUACAAGGGAGCCAAGAUUCAAGGAGGCAUUCUUCCAGGGUCUUACCAUUACCUACAUAUUGCCAAGCCUGCCAUUGUAACACCUUUGGAGGUACAUAGGGCACAGUCUGAUUUUGGUUUAGAAAUAAUCACAGGUAGUGCGAAAAAUGGGACCUACUUCCGAUUACACAUUAACAAGUAUAAAAUGGUGGAAACCAUCACGUGCCUUUCCAAAAAACCUUUCCCUGUCUCCAACUACAUCCGCUUGUUUGGCCAACAUGAACAAGUCCUCAACAACCUGUGUGAUCGCUUUGAUAACAAUAUGGUCAAAGAUCUCUACAGCUACUUCACAGAGCCGUGGUGCAUGGCCCUUUUUCACGAUCGUUUUAUUGAUCUCAGAAGAGAGUUACGCCAAAUCUUAACCUCCAGCGAGGAAGAAGGCCUCCCUUCUAUAGAACAAUUGGCCCAUCAGAUAGAAGAUGAGGAAAUUAACCUGAAUGAGAAGCCCAGGAAAUACCUCAAAAGAGUUUUCGAGGAAACCAUCUAUAAACAGAAGGUGGAGAAGAGCAUUCUUGACUUCCUGCACUAUAAUAAAUACCAUCUGCCCAUGUACGCCUGGCCAGGCAUAAUUUAGUUGUGGCCAUGGGAUCCAUUUUAUUGUUUGCGAACAUGUAACUCCUGAAAAUGCUCGAGUAUAAAUAGGAAACCACUCUGAAACCUAGCUUGACAGUCAAGCGCCAUGGGCGAUUUUGUUUCUUCUCGGUCCUCUUAUGCCUGAAAUCUUCUAUUUAUCCAGUAGGUGGCGCACGGCCGUGUGUCUAUUGGGGGGCAGGGCGGUGCUUUCCAAAUACCAGACAUGUUCCUGUGCACAAUAAACCA